AGGAAGCUCCGGACGACGACUAGAAAAAGGAGGCGGGCGGCCCGGGCCCCAGGCCCCUCCCAGGUUCUGAGUCUCCCCGGCUGCAGGCGGAUGGAUGGGGCUUCUUCAGGCGGUGGCGGCAGCAGUGAAGGUGGCGGCGGCAGCAGCGGCAGCGGCUAUGGUGUGGUGGCUCGAUUCUCCCAGUGCCUGGCUGAGUUUCGGACGUGGUUAAGAACCAACUGGUUGAGGUUCAGUGCAGACAAGACGGAUGUGAUGCUGAAAAUGUGCAUCAGAUGUUUAUGUUUAAUUGGUUUACAGACUGUCUGUGGACUCUUUUCCUGUCAAAUUACCAGCCAUCUGUUGAGUCUUCAAGUCCAGAAAUGGAUGAAAUAUUUGACUGCCCAUGAAAGUACAGGAGGUUCAGCAACAUCAGAUGACCAUGAAUUUGAUCCAUCAGCUGACAUGCUGGUUCAUGAUUUUGAUGAUGAACGAACAUUAGAAGAGGAAGAAAUGAUGGAAGGAGAAACAAACUUCAGUUCUGAAAUAGAGGAUCUUGCAAGGGAAGGAGACAUGCCAAUUCAUGAACUUCUCAGUCUUUAUGGUUAUGAUAGUACUAUUCGACUACCUGAAGAAGAUGAGGAGGAAGAAGAAGAGGAAGAAGAAGGUGAAGAUGAUGAAGAUGCUGAUAAUGAUGAUAAUAGUGGCUGUAGUGGGGAAAAUAAGGAAGAGAAUAUAAAGGACUCAUCAGGUCAAGAGGAUGAAACUCAGUCUUCCAAUGAUGAUCCAUCACAAUCUGUUGCUUCUCAAGAUGCCCAAGAAAUAAUCCGCCCACGUCGAUGUAAAUAUUUCGAUACAAAUAGCGAAGUAGAAGAAGAAUCUGAAGAAGAUGAAGAUUAUAUUCCAUCAGAAGACUGGAAAAAGGAGAUUAUGGUGGGCUCCAUGUUUCAAGCAGAGAUUCCAGUUGGCAUUUGUAGAUACAAAGAAAAUGAAAAAGUAUAUGAAAAUGAUGAUCAGCUCCUGUGGGACCCUGAGUACUUACCAGAAGAUAAAGUGAUUGUAUUUCUUAAGGAUGCAUCUAGAAGAACAGGUGAUGAGAAAGGUGUAGAAGCAAUUCCUGAAGGAUCUCACAUAAAAGACAAUGAACAGGCAUUAUAUGAAUUGGUUAAGUGCAAUUUUGACACAGAGGAAGCAUUGAGAAGAUUAAGAUUUAAUGUAAAAGCAGCUAGAGAGGAAUUAUCUGUUUGGACAGAAGAAGAGUGUAGAAAUUUUGAACAAGGGCUAAAGGCCUACGGAAAGGAUUUUCAUUUGAUUCAGGCCAAUAAAGUUCGAACAAGGUCAGUUGGUGAAUGUGUAGCGUUCUAUUAUAUGUGGAAAAAAUCUGAACGUUACGAUUUCUUUGCUCAGCAAACACGAUUUGGAAAAAAGAAAUAUAAUCUUCAUCCUGGUGUAACGGAUUACAUGGAUCGUCUUCUAGAUGAAAGUGAAAGUGCUGCAUCUAGUCGAGCACCGUCCCCUCCCCCAACUGCCUCAAAUAGUAGUAACAGCCAGUCUGAGAAAGAAGAUGGCACUAUCAGCAAUAGUAAUCAGAAUGGGGUGUCAUCUAAUGGACCAGGUGAAAUGUUGAACAAAGAAGAAAUCAAAGUUGAAGGGUUACAUGUUAAUGGACCAACAGGUGGAAAUAAGAGACCACUUCAUGCAGAUAUGGAUACUAAUGGUUAUGAAACAGAUAACCGUACCACUGACCCAAAACUUGCCCAUAUGACUGCAAGAAAUGAAAAUGAUUUUGAUGAAAAAAGUGAGAGACCUGCCAAAAGGCGAAGGGUAAACAGCAAUGGAAAAGAAAGUCCAGGUUCUUCUGAAUUUUUCCAGGAAGCAAUGUCACAUGGAAAAUUUGAAGAACUUGAAAACACAGAUGACUAAAUUUUAGACUUGUUUUACCUUCUUUGAAGUAAAAUCUGGUGUGACUAAAAUUUUCAGGGUUGAUGGGUUACCUUAAAAAGUUGAUUUCCUUGAAGCAGUUGGUUAAAAUUUUAAAAAUUUGAAUUGAGUCCUAACUUUAGUAAAUAAGAUUUCGUAAUUCUGCCCUUUGUAGACUUUUUACUUUAAAAAUGUAAAGACCCUCUUAAGGAUAUAACAAAUAGUAUAGUCAAUUUGAAUGAACUACGGAAAUAACUGUACCUUCUCAUUUGAUGUAUUAAUCUUAAAAGCUCACUACAGGUAUUUUUUGCUUAGUUUGUUGGCAGAGAAGAAAGACCACAUUCAAAUUUGUUUAACACCAAUUUUUCUGUGUUUCUUGAAAUGUCUUUAUCUUUUAUAAGAGAAAUUUUUCUCUCCAUACAAAUUGAGUGUCAUUAUUAAGGAAACCCUUAUGAAUCCUGAAAGUUAUGCUAGCAUGAUUUUUUUAUAUAUAGAAGUUUAAAAAUAAACCAAGUCAGGUUUGUAUAUGUAAAAUUGUUGACAUCAAUGAUGUCUUUCCAUAUUCUUAUCUGGGCUUAAGAAAUACAUUCUGUAUUUUUCCAGAUUCUUUGUAGCCUUUGAAAGAUUUUUACAGUACAUAUGUCUUGACUGAGCUGUCCUUUCUUAAUACAAAAGCUUGUAUAAUUUUCUUAACUUGUACAGUUGGUAAACUUUUAUGAGAGGAAUUGAUAUUCUGAGUCUGUCAGCUUUCAUUUUAUUUUGCUAAGGUUUUUCUAAUGAAUUUUUAAGUGUUUGUGUAGUAACUAAGUCAUGUUUCUUAUACAGGUGGUAAAAUCGCAUUCAUAAAGGAUUGUGAAAAUUUGUUUUUUCAAAUUUCUACUUUUAGGGACAAAUAGUUUGAGAAUUUUGAAGUUAAGCAUGAUACCUAGAUUACAUAGUUUGUUUUGCAUUUGCUUUAAUUUUCAGAAUUAUUUUUGAAGCAAGACAAAAGUUUAAUGUUGGCUUACGUGCUUCAAUAUAUCAUGCUGACCAGAAUCCUGUUCGGUUAUUUUUAUAUGCAUUAUAAAAUUUCCCAUUUUUGCAUUAACUAAACAGGGGAAAAGGUCAAGCAAUAUUUAGAUGUUGGCACAUACAAGGAGUUGGCAGAUAAUAUUGAUUUUAUGAGGAAAAAGUGAUGAAGUGAGUGUAUUUCCAAAAUGAAAAUAAGAUGUACCAUUGCUAUGUAUGAUUACAAAUAGGAUCAUCCAUUUGCAUAGCCUUGCAAGAGUGCCAUUUUAUUUUUAGUGCAAAAUUCUUGUUAAAAAUGUAGUUUUAUACAGCUGAUAGACCAACCUAUAUCCAGACUUUUAUAAAAGAUUAUUAACUAUUCUUGUUUUUUCACACAGGCAUACCCCCAAAUGCUUCUUCUGACUCAUUUUCAGCCAUCAGUUCAAGAGCCAAUGCCUUUUUAAAAUCUUCUGUGGUCUUAUUUUUAAUGGCUCAGCUGUUUCAUGCAAUUAAGUAAAGGUUUGCACUGAGAAGUUAUGGUUUAGGCCUUACCCCAUGAAGUAUUACUAUUAACAUAUGUUCAGACUGCUUACUUCCACCAAUGUGAACAACUCUUUUCCCCAAACAGUGUUAAAAUGCAACUUUACAACACUUGACUUCAUUUAAUGCACAUUCACUGUUACAUACAUAUCUAGAUAAAUCAAAGUUUUGGGUGGAAGUGUUGAGAAGCGUGAAUGUUUUGUUUUACCUACAAAAUUAAUUUAUCCAGAAUGGCAGCUUUAGCAGAUGGUCACAGUCCAUUUUCUAAAUCAGUUUUUAUUACACAAAUUAAAAGUAUCCUGGCUCCUAGCUCUUUGUCAAAGAUGGUCUAUAGACGUGUUUCAAAUGAAGAGUGAUGUUGUAUUUUUAAGUUGCAAUACUAAAGACACUAUCUUCACCUUUUUUUAAGAUGCAUUUUGUUUGCAGGUUUGUGAAGUUCUUGGAAGCUAAUACCACAGGAACAUUUUUAGUACAUUCUCAGGCAUGUUUGCAAAAUAGGGCACAUGUAUACAUCUUAGGAAGUUUUACUUUUCUUAAUCUUAUCUUUUUAAAGUAUGCCUAAUGAAAGACAUUCCACUAUUAUAAUACAUAAUGCUCAGCUUUUUGUGAAGAAAUAUUUAAUUGUAUUUUGUGUUUAUACAGAUAUUUCACACAGUACUUUGUUCUUCAUAAUGCAGCCACUAUAACUUGAUAAGUCAUUGCACUACUUUAAAAUUUUUAGUAAUAUCAUGAAUUUAAUUUGCUUGAAGAUUUAGUACAUUUCAUAACUCUUGAACUCUUAACAAACUGCAUUGGGGAAAAAAAGCCUUUGUUAAUAGUUUCCCCCACCCCAUGCCCAUCCUCAGCAAAGCACUAUCAUUUUCAUCUGAAAUGGUAUUCUGUUUCAUAAUGUGUUUUCAAAUAGAGUUCAGAAUCUGCAACUCAGUUCAACACAACAAGUCUGUUGAGCUUUAAGAUGUAUUUGAAUAUUUAAAUAGGCAUUUAAAAUUAUGAAUUAGAUGUUUUUAAGUUUAUCAUAGUAAUUUUGCACUGUAAAAUAAUUCCCUUUUCCCAUUCCGUCUGCCAUUCUGAAUAUGCUUAUUAAAAUAUUUUUUUAAACAUA